UCAAAUCUCUCUAUACGAUUCAAAUCUAAAGCAAAUUAAAACGAAUUCUUACACAAUUUUCUCAAUUGUUCAGCCAUUACAGGUUGUGCAUGGUAGAAAUUUCAUCGCAUUAUAUGCGAGAUUCCCCCUUUCUAUUUACAACGGGGGUUUUCAUUCAUUAUUCAUCUGGUUUUGCAUUCGUUUUCGGUUCGUUUAAGGAACGCUGGUACUACCGCUGCUUUGGCCUUGAUCCUUGUUAAUCGUUACAAUGAAAUCAUCAACACCAGAAAAAAAACGAAAUAAAUUUACGAUGUUAUUGCAAAUCAAGCAAAAGAAGGCCCAAAGUUAUUACAAAGACAAUCGUAUGUUGAUUACUGUCAACGUUCUAGGCAGUACGGGGCCAUUGAGGUUUUUGGUGUAUGAAGAUGAGGUUGUUUCUACUGUUAUCAAUAUGACAUUGAAAUCUUAUGCUCGUGAAGGUCGUCUUCCUGUACUUGGAUCAAAUCUUAAUGAUUUUCUUCUUUAUUGCCCUACCUCUGAUAAUGCUCUGAGUCUAUUUGAGGCAAUUGGAGCGCAUGGUUCCCGGAAUUUUCUACUCUGCAAGAAGCCACAAACUGAAAAUGCUAAAAAUGCUGAAAAUGAGUCUAGUACGUCCAGUGCUAGACGGGGAAAAAGCAGGUUGAAGUCAUUGCUCAACAAGACAUUAAGUCGCCAAGUCGCCUCGCAUUAAUUUGAAUGUUGAUAUUUCUCUCUCCGGCUGUGUUAUGACCCAAAAUUAAAUAUAUAUUC